AUGCCACUGGAGGAAGGGGGAGACCUUCUUCUUUGCUCCUCGUCCACUCAAGAACCUUGUUCUGGUGGAUGAACUGGAGUCCCUGUCUCCCAUCAUGUCCGCUCAUAUCUCAGACUUGGCCAAUGAGGACACCCCGCAGCUGUACCUGGCAUGUGGGCGUGGUCCCCGGUCCUCACUCCGUGUCUUGCGACAUGGACUGGAGGUUACGGAGAUGGCAGUGUCCGAGUUGCCAGGCAACCCUAAUGCGGUAUGGACCGUCAAGACCAAUGCAGCAGGUCGCCCCCGGCAACCAAUGAGAGGAGUUUGACGCCUAUAUCGUGGUCUCCUUCACUAACGCCACUCUCGUACUCUCCAUUGGAGAGACGGUGGAAGAGGUCACGGACUCCGGUUUCCUUGGGACCACACCCACCUUGGCUUGCUCUCGUCUCGGAGACGACGCCCUAAUCCAGGUAUACCCAGAAGGGAUCCGUCACAUAAGAGCUGACAAGAGAGUCAACGAAUGGAAGUCUCCCGGGAAGAGAGCCAUCCUGAAAUGUGCCCUCAACGACCAUCAGGUGGUCAUCGCCCUCACCGGUGGAGAACUGGUCUACUUUGAGAUGGAUCUGUCAGGUCAGCUGAAUGAGUACACAGAGAGGAAGGAGAUGAUGGCAGAUGUUGUGUGUAUGAGUCUCGGUUCCGUUCCACCCGGGGAGCAGCGGUCCCGGUUCCUGUCUGUCGGACUCUCCGAUCAGACCGUCAGAAUCAUCUCGCUCGAUCCCUCAGAUACGCUGCAGCCGCUGAGUAUGCAGGCGCUCCCAGCUCUUCCAGAGUCUCUGUGUCUUGUGGAGAUGGGGGGAGGGGGGAGGGAGGGGGACGGGGGACUGGGGACCGUGGGCGGGCUAUAUCUCAACAUCGGACUGACCAACGGUGUCCUGCUCAGAACUGCCCUCGAUGCCAUUACCGGAGAUCUCUCUGAUACUAGAACCAGGUACCUGGGUACGAGACCAGUGAAACUAUUCCGAGUGAGGAUGCAUGGCUCGGAGAGUGUGCUGGCAGUCUCCAGUCGAUCCUGGCUCUCCUACUCCUACCAGUCCCGGUUCCACCUCACCCCGCUCUCCUACGACGUCCUCGACUAUGCCUCCGGCUUCUCCUCCGAGCAGUGUCCCGAGGGAAUUGUCGCCAUCGCUGCUAACACCCUCAGGAUUUUGUCUCUGGAGAAACUGGGUGUGGUCUUCAACCAGGUGGCCACGCCCCUCAAUUACACGCCCCGUAAGCUGGCGGUCCACCCGCCAUCUGCCAAUCUCUUGGUCAUUGAGACGGACCACAACACCUUCACUGAGGCCGCCAAGACCGCUCGCAAACAACAGAUUGCUGAGGAGAUGGUCCAGAUGGCAGGGGAGGAAGAGCAAGAGGCAGCGGCCGAGGCAGCAGAGACCUUCCUCUCGGAGGACCUACCGGAGAACCUGUUUGGAGCGGUGAAGGCGGGGGCCGGGAUGUGGUCCUCCUGUCUCAAGGUCAUGCACCCCACGGAGGGCAAGACGCUGGAGUUGGUCCAGUUCCAACAGAACGAGGCCGCCUUCAGUUUGGCAGUGUGUCAGUUUGCCUCCCGCGGUGACGUGGAGUGGUUUGUGGUGGUGGGGACAGCACGGGACCUCACUCUGGCCCCCAAGACCUGCUCUGGAGGCUCUCUCAUCCUCUUCAGAAUGUCCCCAGACGGUUCCAAACUGGAACACGUCCACAGUACUCCACUGGAUGAUAUACCAGUGGCAAUGCAUCCGUUCCAAGGUCGUCUUCUUGUAGGAGUGGGCCAUCUCCUGAGGAUCUACGACAUCGGGAAGAAGAAGAUGCUGAGAAAGUGUGAGAACAAGCAUCUGCCUCACAUGGUGGUCGAUAUUCAGACCAUGGGCAGCAGGAUCUUCGUCUCCGACGUCCAGGAGGCUGUCCACUUCAUCAAGUACAAGGCUGCUGACAACCAGCUGGUCAUCUUUGCCGACGAGGUGUACCAGAGGUGGAUGACCAGCUGCUGCAUCCUGGACUACAGUACGGUCGCAGCUGCUGACAAGUUUGGAAACGUUGCUCUGGUCCGACUCCCGGCAGACGUGUCCGACGAGAUCGACGAAGAUCCAACAGGGAACAAGGCCAUCUGGGACCGAGGUCUCAUGAGUGGGGCCUCUCAGAAAGCUGAACUUCUCUGUAGCUACCACGUGGGAGAGACCAUCAACUGUCUCCGAAAGACCACCCUCAUUCCUGGCGGCUCUGAACUCGUCGUCUACACCACACUCUCUGGAGCCGUGGGCAUGCUCGUACCUUUCACCUCUCGUGAGGAUAUUGAUUUCUUCCAACAUCUGGAGAUGCACAUGAGGGCGGAGUCCUCCAACCUCGUCGGUCGCGAUCACCUCUCGUUCAGAUCCAGUUACGUACCUUGCAAGAGUGUCACAGAUGGUGACCUCUGUGAGCAGUUCAACUCACUGGAACCAGCCAAAAAGAGGGGUAUUGCGGACAGCCUUGACAGGACACCCAAUGAGGUUGCCAAGAAACUAGAAGACAUUCGUACUCACUAUGCAUUCUAAUUGAAGAGCACCCCUCCGAACCUAAAUUCCAAACACGUCUCCACACACCAUGCACCUGUAGUUACAUAACCUUAUACGUGCAUUGUACAAUACAAUUGAUGUUGAAAGUGACUGCUUAGCAAAACAGCUGCUUUCCCUUGUUGUGUGAGAACUGUGUGCUGUGUGUAAUGGAGCUAUAUUAUGUUUCCCAUGCUUUUUCUCCCAAAAUGUGUGGAGUCACAAGUUUACUUAUUGAGGGUCUGGAAGGUUGUUGUGGGCUGAUAAUGAUUAUGUAUAGAGA